AUGGAGCAUUCGCUUAAUCGGGCCUCUCGAGAAAAUGAGACCAACUCGCUGUGCAUAUUGCCGGAAGAACUAGUCGAAAACGUCGUCGCUUCUCUGGGUACUGAAGAUACUGGAAUAGAAUAUCUGUGCGCCCUGCGACUAACCUGCGCGCAUCUCUACGAAAAGUCAUUGCAUUACUUUGGACGCGUCGUGCUUCAUACUCUAAAUGUGAAACAAUCGCUGGGGGCUCGCUGGUUGCGUCAUGUCGUCCUCUCAUUGCCUAACUGCAGGUCAUUUUCUGUCCAUCUCAACUACGGAUGGAACGAUUCAUCGGAAUAUUCUCGCUUGGAACCCAGCGAUGGUAUAACCAUGAUCAUGGACAUCAUUACAGAGACCGGCAUCCCUGUGAAAUCCUUUUCUGUGUACGCUCAUCCGAGCAGCAGUGGGUUUGCCUUCAAUGAUGUGGAUCCACGGUGCCUUCAGUUUGACAUGCUCAGAAACUUGACCUUCAUGGCUAGCUGGGCACACGUUGAGAAGCUAAAAUUCCACCACAAUUUCAUUCCCGGCAAUAUCGGAGAAUGGGUAGCCAGUGCUAUCGCCCUUGCCCCAAAGCUCAAGACGCUAGAGAUUGGCUUUGACUACACCCCCGACGCACAAAUAAUCACGACCCGUCUAGCAUCCGGGCCUGUCGUACUCUCUGAAUUGCAGGAGCUCACCCUUACCGAAGCGUCCGAAAUGGAAUGGGAUGAACUCCUGACACUUCUCCGCUUUACAUGCCGCACUCUGCGAUGUCUGAAGCUGGAGCGUCUUCAACUAAAAGGCGGCACCUGGAUUCCUCUGCUUUCUCAGCUUUUUCUGUUCCCUUUGCUAGAGGAUCUUACCUUAUUUUGGCUCAGUACUAGUCAGAGAAGAGUUCUGCAUUUCGUUUCGCUCACGAGCUACCUCUGCGGUGCUCUACAGGGCGAAAAGCUCAAGCUCGACUGCAAGCAGUUUCGGGGUAUCUUGAAAACCGUCUAUGUAGCAUAUCGUGGCGCUAACAUGUCGGUGUUGCUGAAUGCUCUAGUGCAGUCCGCGCGAGAUGAUUAA